AUACAUCCUAGUACAAGCCAUGGCCGUCAAGCACACCAUGCAGCUCCUACCAGCCUUUGUCUUCGCCCUAGCCCUUGUCCUUAGGGCAUCAGCAGCAGCAGCGGAGACGAUCCACCUCAAGUUCUACAUGCAUGACAUCGUGACUGGCAGCCCAGCAACAGCAGUGCAAGUCAUCAAAGGCGUGGUGCCGCUGGCAAACGACCCCACCACCUACUUCGGCGACAUGUAUGUCAUCGACGACCUGCUGACGGAGGGGCCGGACGCAGCGUCCCCCGCCGUCGGCAGGGCACAGGGCUUCUUCCAGUUCGCGUCGAUGACGGAGUACGCGCUGCUGCUCACUGCCAACUUCGUGUUCACGGCGGGGAGCCAUAACGGGAGCUCUGUGGCCGUGCUCUCAAGGGACGUCAUCUUCGAUACCGUCAGGGAGCUGCCGAUCGUGGGCGGCACUGGCGGGCUCCGUGGUGCGACCGGGUACGGUCUGCUCCGGACACACUCCGCCAACACCACCACCAGGAACGCGGUGCUCAAGAUUGAUAUGUACCUGCGCGUGUAGGUGCAGACCAUAGGUCUGAACUUACUUUCAUGCAUCUGGUGGGUGCUUGCAUAAAAGAAGCAUCGACGAUUUGUGUGUGUGUGUGUGUGUGUGUGUUAUGGCCCGGGAUGUCUUCAGCAUGUCAGCGCGUCUGAUUUUUUUGUUUA